AAUGGGCGUUGGUUUGGUUUGUUCCUAAUUUCUAACCCCGACCCAGAUCAGCGAGAGGGAGAGGCGACGAUGGCGGCUGCCGUGGGAGAUGUGGAAGUGGUGGAUUUCGAGCCCGACGAAGACGAUCUCAUGGAUGAGGAGAUCGGCGCCGCUGAGGUUGACCCUUCCCCUGCCCCCAAGCUCCGAUCCACCAUUGCCGGCAGCGGCUCCUCGGGCCCUAGGAAGACCAAAGGCCGGGGCUUCCGCGAGGAGUCUGGGCCCGACCGUGGCAGCCACCUAGCUGCCAAGGAUUUCGAUUCCCUCGACUCCGAUGGGGGUCCUGGUCCCCAGCGAUCUAUUGAGGGAUGGAUUGUGCUAGUAACUGGAGUUCAUGAAGAGGCGCAAGAAGAUGAUCUGCACAAUGCCUUUCGUGAAUUUGGCCAGGUUAAAAACUUGCAUCUGAAUCUUGACCGUCGCACUGGAUUUGUGAAGGGUUAUGCCCUGAUUGAAUAUGAGAACUUUGAGGAAGCACAAGCUGCAAUUGCAUCACUUAAUGGAUCUGAACUCCUUACCCAAACAAUUUAUGUUGAUUGGGCAUUUAGCAAAGGCCCUAUCAGGCGGAGAAACACAAGGAGAAGAUCCCCACGAGCUCAUCGUUCAAGGAGCCCGCCCAGGAGAAGAUACUGAAGCUGCCUACUUUUCCCCAUCAGCGCGUGAUUUUUGGAUAGCUGGCUCCUUCCAGUGUACCUCAAGGCCCAUGAGAACUUGUUGGGGAAGCCUAUGGCGCAAGAGUAAGCAGCAGUAGGUUGUACCAUCAACAGUUGGGAAGUUUUUAUCUAACGCUUGCUAUGCCUCUGCUUUAAAGACUCCGUUUGAACAGAUCGAGUGGUGUUAAAUGUUUUCUGUUUAAUGCUUGCAUUGGCUAAUUUGAGGAUUUCUGCUGCGUUAUCUUGCACAAUUAACACAGUUUAUGCCAUCUGUGAUUUGGUUGUGACCAAGUUUCUUAUU